AUGUCGAGCGCAUCCACCUGGCCCACCGUGCUAUCCGACCUGGCAUCGUCUGACGGGUCCACGAACAUACCGGACGAAGGCCGGUUCCACCGCGAAUUCAAGGCAGCGUGCGGCAGGAUCCGCGAAAAGGAUCCAGAGCGACUGCUCGCCAGAUUCCUCCGACAUCAUGACCAAAUCAUAGCGUUCGUCAGCGCUAUAGACGAAUCAGCGAGCCUCGACAAUGUGCCUCACUGUCUGAGCUCGGUGUUCUGGUCCAAGGCGUUUGAAACGGUCGAGAAAGCAUUGAAGACCAGACAGAAAGACAAGUUCUUCCGCGACCAUCUUCCCAAACUGCAAGACGUUAUCCCAGCGUUCGGCGCCCAGCUCCCGUUAUUCCCAGACAACGAAACAGUGCAGAAGCCGCUGCAGAACAUCUUUGCGCAGUACAUGGGGUGCUAUGACAUGGUUCUUCAGCUCCUUGAUCCGCAGCAACCCGACGUGGAUGAAGAGGCUUUCCUUGCACGGACCAAAUCUGCCACGACGGCAAUACAAGCACUCAAGGAAGAAUGGGAAGACUCGGUGAAGCAGGCAAUAGAAGAACAGGCCGCAGCCAGAAACACCAACACCCAGGUCAGCUACUACAACGCGACCGACGGACCGUACUAUCCGUACACCGCCAGGGUGUUGUUUGAAUUCCAGGAAAGUUUGGGGGCCGGCACGUACGGCCAAGUGCACAAGGUGCGCGAACCCUCCACCGGCACCUUCUAUGCGCAGAAGGUCAUCCGCAUCAGCGAACCGCCCAUGCGAUCCAAAGCGCAGGUGGAGAAGGAGGUUCACAACGAGGUGUCGAUCAUGCAGAAGCUACGCCAUCACCACAUCGCGUCCGUGCAAUUCCACUACUUCGACGCCGAGAAGAACACAUACAAUCUGAUCAUGCUGCCCGUGGCCGAAUGCGACCUCCGCCGCUUCCUCCAUGAUUGUGCCCAGCAAGGCUUCCCCAAGACCGAACUGAUGCACCUGACCAGCUGGUUCGGCUGCCUAGUCGGCGCGCUGGACUUUGCCCACUCGAAGCACGUCAAGCACGAGGACAUUAAGCCGAGCAACAUUCUGAUCAAAGACCACCAGGUCUAUCUGGCCGAUUUUGGCUGCGCAAAGGACUUUGAAGGCCUGGACAAUUCAAACUCCAUCGACACUAUCACCUUUGGAACCCCCGUUUAUUCCGCCCCGGAGAGCAAGCCACGCGGACGCAGGGCCGAUGUCUUUUCCCUGGGCUGUGUCUUCACGGAAAUGCUGACCGUCAAAUAUAAACAUACUCUGGAAGAAUUUCGUGCCCAUCGAUGUCUCACACAUGGGGACUAUCCUUAUGCUUUCCGCGAGAGCCUGCCCAAAGUCAAGGAGUGGAUAAAUUGGAUAGUCCCUGCGGCAGACUCGGUGGGAAAACUACUGAAAGAGCAGACCUUUCUCAUGCUGCAGCGCAAUCCUGACAGAAGGAGCGAGGCAAAAGACGUCAAGCGAAGUCUCCGGCCUGAAGGUGAGGAUGUCUUCUGCAAUUCGUGCUUCUGA